GCUGAUCCAGCCCAUCACCGGUGCUGUGGCCUUGCUCGGCUGUUCCAUCGAGAUCGAGCCAUCGAAUCGAAUGAACCAAACGCCGCCGCCGCCACAACUGACCUGACCUGGCCGCCCCGGCGACCCGCCUCCCGCCUCCACGACUGCCCCGGCCCACGCCUCCCCUUGCUCGUUGCUCCCCAGUACCCCUCACCCGUAGAGCCAUCCUCACUCUCGCACGGCCGCCGCCUGACCCCGAGCACGAGCGGUCUUCUGUCCGUACCACUGCCGCCGGCGAGCUCCGCUCGGUGACGUCCUGAGGACCUGAACACGACCCACGAACGCCGUCGGGCAUCGAGAUCGACACAGCUGCUCGAGCUGCUUCUUUAUGCACUCCUGAAUGCUCGGGACCUACACUGCCUACACAGACUUGCAUUUGAGACGUAAAUUCGAUGAGAAGAUUAGCAGAACAUUUACCGUACAUUUCCAGAUCGAUUUCCUUGAUACAAUUCAAGGAAAUGUCCUCAUUCGCUGCCGGUCAUGGACGCCGUCCCAAGAAGAAGCUUUAUCACCGCGAGCCUGGACUCGACAAGGCCAUGGACCUCCAAAAGAAGCCCGCCCUCCUCCUCCGUCUCCGUGAGCUCAUCCUGGCCCAAAAGACAGGUUCACUACUUGUACGUGACCUGGAAAAGGAGGUUGGCUUUGUCCAAAAAUGGAACUUUGUUGCACUGAUUGAGCGCCACCCCAAUAUCUUCCGUGUCUCUGGUGGAAGUACAUCGCGUGAACCCAUUGCUGUCAUGCUUACUGAGAAGGCCAGAAAUAUUUCUGGUGAGGAGAUCCGAGCACAGGAGCUAAUGGAACCUAUCUUGGUAAGAAAUCUGAGGAAGCUGUUAAUGAUGUCCAUGGACUGCCAGAUCCCUUUAGAGAAGAUUGAGCUCAUCCAACCUGAAUUGGGUUUACCAAAGAACUUCAAGGACAAGUUGAUUCCAAGUUACCCUGAUUUUUUUUCAAUCCGUGAUGUGAGAGGAUUGGACCAUCUGUGUCUGGAGAGUUGGGAUUCUUCACUAGCAGUCACAGCACGAGAAGAACAAUUGAACUUUGAUGGUUUCCAAAUGGAGUACAGAGGGGUUCCUAAAGAUGGAAAUAUACUGGGUCCUUUUGCUUUCAAGUUAAAGUAUCCAGCUGGAUUUAGGCCCAACCGGAAGUACCUUGAGGAGGUAGUCAGGUGGCAGAAGAUGGCGUUUCCUUCACCUUAUUUGAAUGCUAGGCGAGUGGAGCCUGCAACUCCACAGGCUCGGAAGCGAUCUGUUGCUGUUCUACAUGAGGUCUUAAGCUUGAUAAUGCAGAAACGACUGACAUCUGACAAGCUAGAAGUCUUCCAUAACGAGUACAGGCUGCCAUGCAAGCUACUCCUUUGUUUGAUAAAAAAUCAUGGGAUCUUCUACAUCACUAACAAGGGUGCAAGAAGUACCGUCUUUCUCAAGGAGGCCUACGAUGAUAUUAAUCUCAUUGAGAAGUGUCCUCUGCUGAAAUUCCAUGAUCAGUUUUCCUCUUUAAUUGGACGGCCAUGCUUCGACUUGAAUACUCCACUGGCAGUAUAGCUCGAGUACUGAUUUACAUGAGAAGCAAAACCAUGAUGUGUUCGUCUGGUGCAUCUUCUUAGUUGAUUGCUUGAUGCUCACAUAUGAGCCCAUUUGCACACAACAAACUAUAUUGCCCCAUUUCUGUUAAGCGAGACCAGCACACGGGAUUAUAAUCCUCACUGGCAAUUGUUCAGCGGAUGGAACUCAUAGAGGGUCAACUAUAAGCGAAGAUGGCCUACCAGUUACUGUACGAUCUUUAUCUAGCAGGAACAGUUAUGCAGCAAGCUGGCAUGAAACCUUUCUUCUCUUGUUAAUAUGUCAGCACAAAUAUUGCAAUCCAGCGAUAACAGUCAGUCUGUGUGUGUUGUCAGAUUAUUCUGUAGCGAGUCUCUGGUACUGAUAUUGUUUCUGUGUGAUGUAGCUUUGUGUCAAAAUCAGUAGGCUGUGCACCAGUCAAAGCACAGGAACAAUGCAAUGGAGUGCUAUGAUGGAUUGAGCGAUGGCUGAACAAUGGCAUCCUCCAAAAGGCUGUAGGGUAGGUGCUUGUUUAGCUCUAGCAGCGAAAUCAGGGAAUCACUGCUUACCGUUGAUCUCGGACCGGAUUCUAAGCACGCAGAGCUUUGCCGGUUUGUUACGCCAAUCAAUAUAACCCUCAACAGGCUAUUCAUGGGCAGGUUUGGAUCCCUUUCAGGCUAAUCUUGAGUACCUGGUGAUAUAUUUCUGCAUUGAAGUGGUUGUCAACAUAGAAUGGUGCCUUGGUGGGGGGUGCAUAUAUACUUAUAACUCCAACACCAAGCACAGCUCUCAGUGGGAUCGAAUCAGACGGAACAUGUGCCAAGUAAAGAAGGACCGACAAAAUUGUGCACUGGUGUGGCGGCAUGGAGGUGAGAUGGGGGAGGCCAACUGGCCGCUGCUCAAUUAUAUAACCCCUGAAAGUGAAGAGCAUGAACAGGAGCGGUGAUUGGGGUCAGAUUCUGCAGACACUAAGGGGAGCACCUAUGAUGGUGGUCAGAUGCACUGAAAGCUAUAUUUGGAUGGGUGCUAGUGGCUUACCCAGAAAAAGUCAAGCAAAUACUACAACAGAUGGAGACCGAAGGCCCCCGACCCUUCUCUGAUUCUGUUUGUUUUUAUUCUCCUGAUUACCCCAUUUUUGUUAAGAGGGACCAACACUCAUGGGAUUAUAACCCUCACUCAACGCAUCUUUGUAAUGUUAACUGGAAAUUGUUCAGCGGUUGGAACUCACAGAUGGUCAACUAAAAGCGAAGAUGACCUACCAGUUACUGUAUGAUCUUUAUCCAGCAGGAACAGUUAUGCUGCAAGCUGUCAUGAAAACCUUUCUUCUCUUGUUAAUAUCUCAGUACAAAUAUAGCAAUCCAGCAAUCAGGGUCAGUCUUUGUAGCAUGGGUUUGAUGUUGCUAGAUUAUUCUGUAGCAGAGUCUCUGGUACUGGUACUGUUUCUGUGUAAUUCAGCUUUGUGUCAAAAUCAAUACGCUGGGCACCAGUCAAAGUACAGAGACAAUACAAUGGAGUGCUUUGAUGGAUCCAGCGACGGCUGAACAAUUGCAUCCUCCAAAAGGCAGUAGGUCAGUUGCUUGUUUAGCCCUAUCAGCGAAACUGGGAAAACACUGUUUACUGUUGAUCUCGGACCGGAUUCGGAGCACGCAAAGCUUUACCGAUUUGCUACGCCAAUCGAUACCCGCAACAGGCUAUUCAUGGGCUGGUUUGAAUCCCUUUUAGACUGUCUUGAGUAUGUUCUGAUAUUCCGGCAUUGAAGUGGUUGUCAAGUUCAACAUAGAAUGAUAUUCUUGGUGGGAGAUGCAUAUAUACUUAACUCCAACGCCAAACAUGGCUCUCAGUGGGAUCGAAUCAGAUGAGCACCUGCUAAGUAAAGACGGACCGACAAAGUUGUGCAUUGGUGUGGAAAUCAAUACGCUGUGCACCAGUCAAAGUACAGAGACAAUACAAUGGAGUGCUUUGAUGGAUUGAGCGAGGGCUGAACAAUGCUAUCCUCUGAAAGCCUGUAGGUUUGGUGCUUGUUUAGCUCUGAAUAAAGACCGGCGAAAUAGGGGAAACACUGCUUACCGUCGAUCUCGGAUCGGAUUCUAGGCACGCAGAGCUUUGCUGGUUUGUUACGCCAAUCGUUAUAUACCCGCAACAGGCUAUUCAUGGGCAGGUUUGGAUCCAUUUCAAGCUAAUCUUGAGUACCUUGUGAUAUAUUCCUGCAUUGAAGUGGUUGUCAACAUAGAAUGAUGCCUUGGCGGGGUAUGCAUAUAUACUUAACUCCAACUCCAACGGCAAACACAGCCCUCAGUGGGAUCAAAUCAGACGAGCAUAUGCCAAGUAAACAAGGACCGACAAAAUUAUGCAUGGUGUGGACACAUGGAGGCCCAAUUAUAACCCCUGAAAGUGAAGAGCAUGAGCAGGAGCAGUGAUUGGGACCAGAUUCUGCAGACACUAAGGGAGCACCUAUGAUGGUGGUCAUGAGCCUGGUCAGAUGCACUGAAAGCUAGAUUUGGUUGGCAACUUUUCUGAUCAUGUUUCUUCUUCUUCUCCUGGCAGGGUUCCAGCUUCUUGCAGCUUAUCGGUCCAGUAACAUCAUUGGCCUCUCCAUUUCUGAUGAAUGUCUCCAUUGGCUCUCAGCUUUCACGGUGGGCACGUCUUCCCUUUUGUACUCUUGGGUGUGGUAGGUUUUCAAACUCUAGUAAAUUCGGCAUUGAGUAGGUUCUCUGAAUUUUCCUUUGCUGGUCGAACGUCGCAAUUCUCUUGGGUGCCUAUCCAUUAGGGGUCCGACAAAGCACCCCAUUUACGUCGUGAAACAAAUCUCUUUCGAUCGCUUGAAUGAACAAAUUGGCGCUUAGCACUAAGCAAAGAAAUCCUGAUUUGAACACCAGGAGCCGCUCGGAUCGGCCGUCUCCGUCGCCCCGGACAAACAUUUGGACCAUCUAUCUGUCCAUCAGCGUCGCGCGUCAUACGUACAUGGCCUCUACUACUGACCCUAGCAGCAGGCCAUUUUUAUGCUUGUCUCAUCCGAAGAAAGCAAUGUGUGCGUGUAGGCGUGCACUGAUGAUGCUAGCCAUGGUGUGAUUUGGUUGGUUCAGAUUUCGCAAUCUUGGUUUUCCCUCGAGAAAAUAAAAAGAUUUCGCAAUCCUGGCAUGCUAUUGAGGGGGCCUGUCCCUCGAUCUGCAUCCAGUUUCUUUGGUUGUUUGUUUGUGUGUCUCCAUGAUCUUUCUUUAUGUGUAGCAUGUCACCGGGUAAAGACGAGACGUAUCCAAGGGAGGU